AUGGAAACGACCACCUCUGCUAGGCCGCGCAGGGGGUCAUUGUUCAGGAGACGCGCCAGUACGUCGGAUACCCAGCCCAAGCCAGGUCUCCGCCACGCAAAGAAUGCCUCGGCGCCGUCUCUCGACCCUUCGCCCGCCCCGAACUACGCCGCCGGCCCGAGCACCUCGACCGACUCCCUGCUUUCUAUCAACGGCACCCGGGCGAAUAUUAUACCCGACGCCCUCGAGUCUUUGCCUUCCUGGUACAACAAGGAAAUAGACGUUCCUUCAUCAAUACACCUCAUCCGCGCGCGCUACCCCAUUCACAAUCCUGCUGGGCCCCGUUUCUACCGAAAUGUACAUUUACGACCACCGGAACUGCUUCCUCCCAUGGAAGCCUUCACGAGCACUGUCCCCUCCGCUUCUGCCUCGGCCAGUCAGGCUGGCCCGAGCUCCAGUCGAACCACGAGCACCUCCCCCGCGCCCACGCCUGCCUCCUCAACAAGCAAACUCGUCGACCCUUCCAUCAAACCCCGUACUCGAAAGUUAUCAAAUAAUGUUGCUCAUGAUAAUGUCGAUUUGCUGGACGUCACAGACCCUUUGGGCAAUAAUUGGCAUCAUACUUCGCCUUACGAUGCGCUUGCGGCCCCUUCCCCAGUGUCGCCCGACGGUGCGGAGAGAGGCCCUCGUUCACGGCUUCCGAGCGCUGCCUCAAAGCCAAAGACCAAUGCGCCGUCUCCGCUCUCGCAGUCGACAUCCGCCGUUCAUCUCGCAGAAGAGCCAGACGCGCGACCUAAACAGAAACGACGUCGAACGUUCAAGGGCGUCUUUUCCACGAGGGAUGACAUCGAUGUCCACCCACACCCCUCAUCUUUGGAACCCGUAACCCCAUUCGAGCGCGGCGCAUCCCCUUACCUCGCAGUGCCGCCGGCGGGUCAUAAGCACAAAUCCUCUCGCGUACCGCGCGGGUUGAAGUCAAUGUCAACGACUUCCAUCCCGCACAUCGCGACCUCCAUAUUUGGGAGUCAUGACAAGGACAAGGGCGCCAAGCGAGAGAAACGAGGCAGCGUACUGGGCAAGCUAGCGCACGGGUUUAGCGUGUUGCGCCGCCCAACGCACUCGCGCGGCGGCAGCGACACGACUGGGAUGAGCAUAUCGGAUCGCAUGAGCAUGGGCACCGAUCCGAGCCGCCUUUCGUCCGUGCCACCUGCCUCUGGUCGGCAUCUUUCUCCGGAGAAAGGCGAGGCACGGCGUCGUGUGCCCGUACCAUCUGUCGAACCCUCGACUGCGACUUCGUUAUCCCCAGAGCCGGACCCGCCUGCGCCUCCACGACGAACAAACGAUACACAGCAAGAUAAUGAGUAUGUGUACGACUCAGAUGGGCACUCCUCCCUGUCAGUCGAGGCUCCGUAUACUGGUGGGCGCUUAACAAUCGUAAAUCCGGAUCUCCCGAAACCGGAUGAGGUAGAGGAUUCGCCGGUGUCAACGCUCAUGCCACUACGGUCUACGUCGCCCGUCGCCCGUCCGCCUUCUGUACAAGUUCACGUACAGGCCGAGAUUGCCGGAAUGGCAAGGAUUCAGAGCAUCAAGCGCUCAAGUGCGGAGGCCCAGAACGCGCCACAGCCUCAAACUGCGCAUAUGCGCCCGUCGUCACAUUCGCACCCCAUCCGACCGCCAUCUGAGCAGUCCUCGCACUCUCGCUCUGCGUCGUCCCGCCUAUCUUCCCAACAUGGCGGGCGCUACAGCAAUUCUACACAUCAACCGGUGCACGCACGCUUGGACAAGAAUCUUCCUGUUCCUGCUCCCACCCCGCCUCCAUUCAUUACGACUGAGAUAUCGACUUCGCCGAUCACUUUAUCACGACCUCUAUCUGUACUUUCUCCCCCACCUGUGCUGGCCCCCGAGCUGAAACCUUCACACUCUCGCGACUCCCAUCGAUCUACUCGGAAGCCUCCCUCUUCUUCACCUACACCUUUGUCUACACUUGAACCUGCCCCUGCGCAUCAAACCUCUGCUUUUGCAUCCCCGCCUCUGCAAUCCGUUGUCCCGACACCCGCAUCGUCUACCGACACCGUCACUCCUAUGCCUACAUCUGUUUCUUCUCCCCCACCAACGACCUCUGCGAUACCCGCUUCACCCUUCCGGCGAGAGAAAGGAGCCUCUCAAACUGUGAUGUCUUCACCAUUCCUCUCUUUCCCGGACGACACCGGGACCCCACUCUCACGUUCGAGUCUGCUUGUCAACCCUCCAACACCUACGGCUGGCCCUAUGCCCAUCCCGCCCGUUGCAAGGAUACCAAGUGUCUUUGCGCGACGAGCAAAGGAAAGGAGCACGGACGCAUCCUCGAGGCCUCGCUCGCGCUCUGGUUCCACGUCGCCUACAAAACAGGGUGAUGAUGAGAAGGAGCGCAGGGAGAGGGAACGUGAGGCAAAGGAGAAGGAGGAAAGGGAGCGUCGCGAGCGUGAACGCCGGGCUGAGAAGGAACGACUGGAACGCGAGCGGGCCGAGCUCGAUCGCCGUGUACGUGAGAAGGAGCGCCAAUUAGAACUCGAACGGGAGCGGCUCGAGGUUGAGCGACGUGUACGCGAGAAAGAGCGCGAGAUUGAGAAGGAGCGGGAACGCGAGCGGGAGAGGAGAAAGGCGGAGGAGAGGGAGAGGGAGAGGUUGGCGAUGGAACGCGAGCGUGCCGCAGAGAAGGAACGACUCGAGCGCGAGCGCGUUGAGCUCGAGAGGAGGAUGUGGGAACGUGCUGAGCGGGAGAGGCUUGAGCGUGACCGUCAGCGAAAGGAGCAGGUAGAGAGGGAGAGGGUCGAGAGUGAGAGGCAGGAGAGGGAGAGACGGCGGGAAGAGGAGCGUGCCGAGAGGGAGCACAGGAGGGAGGAGGAACGCAGGAGGGAGAAGGAAGAGCGCGAGAGGCACGAACGCGAUGAGCGUGACAGGAGAGAACGUGAGCGCAGUCGAGAGCGUAGGAAGGAGCGUGAGCGAAGUCGGGAACGCAGGAAAGAGCGCGAACGCGAGGACCGUGAGCGUAGCAGGGAGAGGAGAGACCGAGAACGGGAGAAGGAGAAGCAGCGUGCGCUCGAGAAAGAGAUGCACAGAGAGGAGCGUGAACGGGAGAAGGAGCGCGCUCGCUCGCGCUCGCCUUUCGCCAAACGCGCUACCACCUCCAGCGGAGCCGUUGGCAGCGCCAAAGCCCGUGAGACAGAAACAUUCCGCCUUGUGCGCACUCUGUCUGGCGGUAACGGUAUCUCUGGUACGACCAUCGUCGCCGAGGGUCAGCACUAUGAGUUGGUCGGUGAAGCUCCGAAAAGGAGUAAGACUACCUCCAAGGAGGAUCCGACUCGUCGGGUAAGCCGGAGGGAGAAGGACAAGGAGCGCGAGCACCGGUCUGAGGAUUCCCCCGCCAAGCCUGUGUCCCCGUUCGUUGCCCAUGCCCGUUCUGCCAGCUCACCGGUUGCUCCGACCCGUAAAGAGUCGGCCAAGCGGAAGCCUAGCGACCUUCCCCGAUUGCGCGAACGCCAACCGUCUGUGUCCUCCGCCUCUAAUCGACCCACCUCAGACCUGCCAUCGGCCGCAGAACUCCACGCAUUGCGAGCUCGUGACGCCUGGGAGAUGGACAGACUCUGGCGCGGACAUAGUGCGGCGUACGACUCGAACCUCAUGUACGCGCAGAGCAUCGCGGCAGCGAGCACGUCGACGGUCCAUGGAGGAGUGCCCAUGUCGCCUCCGUUAUCCGGCGUUUAUGAGGCACCGUACAUGCACGGCAAUCUCGCGGCGUUUACCGGCCAUACACCAAACUACGUGUUUCCAUCUGGCUUGCGCUCGUACCCGGAUCUUGGGAGUAUCCCCAGCAUCGCUAGUCCAGAGCCCGAGUCCCUCGAGCUCCGCUCGCCCAUGCGCAAUCCUUUACCUUCGCCACCGAAGCCGAGUGCUUUCCGGCUUCCACCGCGCGUCGAACUAAAGGACCCGGGUCUGACAGUCGCCUCGUCUUAA